GUUUGCCUUUUGUAGAGCUAACACCCAAAAUGGCUUAUGUAAGCGGUCGGCGGCGGCGGCGUUUUUUCCAGCUCAUCUUAUCGGCUACAGAAAGUGUCGAUCGGAAUCUCUGUAACAAACAGCCCAUGUUAAAAACUGGAGUCUGGCGUCCUUUGGUGUAAGUUUUUUUCAAGCCCAGCGGGUGUGUGUCGGUUUGGCUGAGAAAACAUUACCGGCCCGACACCAUGUGGUUUUUACGAGCCCACAACAACAUUUGAAAAAAGAAAAUGAUUAUUUGCGAUUUAACGGGCGUCCGAUUCCAAGUACGCGGCGUCUAGUAAGUCACUGGUGUUGUACACACAAUCCUACAGGAGAGGAAUGUGUAAACAGAUGGACGUGCGGCUACAAUCCGGGGGGAAUCCAGCUGUGUGUCGGGUUUCUUCUUUGAUAUGAUGAACCCCGAAAUGUUUUGGCGACAACACAAUACCUUCGGCCUAUUUUUUAUUUUUUUCUCUUUACCUAUUCUUUAUACUGGAGGGGGUUUUGGCCGGUGGUCUGCGGCCCGUGUGUAUUAAUAGAAAAAAAAAAGAGGUCCGUCAGUGUGUGUGUGUAGUUGGGGGUCCAGCUGCAAUGACGUCACUGCCAGUUUGAUCGCAUUGGCCCCUGGCGCACCACGGCGUGAAUAGGAUAUCAUUGGCAAUACGCUUAACUUUUCCCAAGUUGAGAUGAUCCAAUAGUCUUCGUUAGUUCCUUCCUCCCCUUGCACACUUUUUUAACUUCCAGUUUAUCCAUACAAGACACGCUACCCCCAAGUUUCCAGCAGAACGUCCAGGGAAUUUGGCGUUUUAAGAAGAUCAAAAAAAUAAAAAAGUGGAAGAAAAUCGUUAAAAAAUUCUCUCGGUCUUAGGACUGGCGCAGAGUGUAUCUUCUUUUGCCUAUAGACACACAUCUGCAUCAGCGGAUAUAUAUUCCCUUGGCUUCCCUUUUUCUACUUGGUUGUAGUUUCUUCACUUUCGUUUGGACUGCGCUGGCGCAAAAGUGAGAGGGGGCCGGAGCCCAAGCCGAUCGACGUCCUCCUCCUCCCCCAACCGUUCCUGGGCAGCAAACAACAUCUGCGCAACACACACGAGAGACUUCGAUCCUAGUGUGUUGACGGUAGUCGUCGUCUUUCCAGUGUUGGUAGUCGUCCAAACGGCAGCCAAAAAGUUGUUGCCUUGGCAAAGAGUGUCCAAAAAAGUUUCUGGUGUGCGACCGCAGUCCCUGCGCUGUCCGCGUGUGUCUCGGUUCGUGAUACAGUGUCUUUGCGUGUGUGUCUCUGUGUGUGUAUGUGUGUGCGUGUGUGUACAUAGUGCGUGAGAGAGAUCCUGUCGUUUUGUUUGAGCAAGGGGAUCGAAUGGGAUGAAUGUCGAUCGAACUGGAUUCGACUGGUGUUGAUCAAAGACGGCCGAGAUGGAAACCGGUUGGCGGUGAACAAAAUUUGAAAGACAUUUGAAAUUGUGUGCCAUUACUUCUUUCAACUGGGAAAUCUUUUAUCGACGUCAAAUCAAUCAGUUGCCUCCGCAGUGCCAGGAGCUCCCCAAUAAGAAGAGCAACCAAUCUCUCUAAUAUGAUGGAUACCCCCACCAGCAGCACCAGUAACAACAAUAACAGCCGUCAAGUGAUUCUGGAAGGCGGACUACCGUGGGGCUUCCGGAUUCAAGGAGGAUCCGACACUGGCGUCCAACUCCGCAUCGCUCGCGUGAAUCCUGGGAGCAAAGCAGCGCUGCAAGGCAUCCGGGAAGGCGACGUGAUUACGUCGAUGAACGGCCAACCGACCGAGAAAGAAGUCACCAACAGUCAAGCUCACGCACUUCUCAAAGAAGCCGGACCCACUCUGCGCCUCGGUUUAAAACAGGGGUCCACUCUGACCAGACGACUCUUCAAAUCGUCGAGCGGAGCGUCAGUUUCAUCCAUCGCAUCCGCCGCUGACGUCAACCCAACAUCAUCAGGUAACGGCGGCGUAGCCGCUCAGUCGACGUCGACCAGUCACAACAGUAGCAGCAACGGCAGCGGCGGAGUUCAAUCAUCUUCGUCCACCACCAACACUACAUCUACCAGCUCCACCACCACCAAGACAUCGGUGCUAACCAGAUCAGACGAACGGCUGGCGGAAGAAAACGUUCCAGAAAGGCCAGCUCGAUGCGCCAAGAAUAAGCGUAGUAAAAGUAGUAGUAGUAGAUCUACCAGCAGCAACAACAACAACAACAACGCGUACAACAAUAGCGGAACGGAAGAGAGUGAAGACGAGACCGUCGACUGCCAUCGCAAUCUGACGGGACUGAAAUCCGGUCCGUCUUCGCCGCCGGCAGCCGCUGCUGCCUCCUCUUCUUCAGACGAUCCGCUCGAAGGCAUCCAUUCCAUCUUGUCUGAAAUGGAGAGAGAAAUCCGGCACACGGGGAUCGAUCCGCAGUCAGAGGCCAUCAUGGCCCAUCUGCCGCCGCCGGACGGAGGAGCCUCGGUCGAGCCGCGAAUCGGCGGACUAACAAUAGAAGAAUUCAUUCACUUUCUGGCGCUCCUGGAACGCGUCAAGGAGCAACACAUUGACACGAAAGAAUCUGGCGACGAUCCAGCAGCCGGAUCGGGCUCGGCCACUCCGUCGGCUCCCGCCGAGCGGACCAGCCCUUACGACAAUAUAAUCCGAUCGCUGGGGCCGGAUCAUCCGCUCUAUUGCAAUGUGGCCACCUCGCCCAGGAUCAGUCCGCCUUCCGACGAGGAUCGAUCCCGAGGAUCGUCGGCCUCUUCAUCGCCUUGCUCAUCGGAUGAGGAUGCCGGCCAAUUCCAGCUGCCCGACGGAAAGUCUGCGACUCUGCCCGGAUUCUCUUUCCUCGAGCGGCUCUUCCUCCGCCGCUACUUGCACGUCAUUCCGGAGGAGGUGGCCAGCGACUGCGGAAGCCACAGCGCCCGGCUCAGCCGAGCUCUCAGCGGACUCUCAUCCGCGCUCAGCUAUCUGGAAGAUGUCGACGACGAUCGAUUCUCGCACGAAUCCGUCGGAGAUGAAUAUCCGGACUUUGCAUCCGGCGGAUCCCUAACGCCCGUCCCAAACCCAACGACAAACGGCAGCGAAGCCAAUCCGGUUCUAGUUCCAGUAGAACCGGAAGGCGACCGAGUUGAAGCUCCCGAGUGCAUCCAGCAGCAGCCUGUCACUCACAGCGAUUCCGCAUUGCAAGCCGAGAAGGCCAGACAAAAUGCGGAAGCGGAAUCGCCCGUUGAUGUGACUGAACCCCGCAUUAUUCCGCCGGAAGAUGGAUUUUCCAUCGUCUUGGCAGUCCCCGUCAUGAUAGUCGACUCGAGCGACUACGAUGAUCCGGCGGAUUCGCCCACAGAAGAUCGGGCCCCUUUCAUCUCUCCAACUUCAUCCAAUCUGCUGGAAGAAGAAGCCGAUCGUCCCACGCAUUUCCCCCAAGUGCUGGAUGAGAUGAACGACCGACAAGGAAUAAAUGAGGAAGAUGAAAAAGCGGAUGAAGAAGCCAAAGAAAAGGAGAAAAUGAAAGAAGAAGAAGAAAAUCAAAGCGAAGUGACUUCAUUGGCGGAUUAUUGCGAGCUGCUUGACGAAUCUCUGCUGCCACUCAGCGUCCUAAUGAUGCAAACAUCCGGCGGCAGCAGCGUUGGUGGCUGCUGUCGUGACUGUGACGAAACGACGGGCCAACGGCCGUCGCAUUCAGAGCGGAACGACCCGCCGACGGAAGACUACGCCUGCUCGUGCUCUCUAGGCUUCAGCGACGACGAUGAUGAUGAUGGAGACAACGACGACGACGACGUUAAUGUCGGCCACGAUGAUAAUAAUCAACAGCCGGUGAUAAUCGAUUCCGGCGAGGUGGCCAUUCCGCUGCCGCCGGCAGCCGACGGAUUAACUGGAAUGACGACAGUUCAAGAAGAAGAAGACACUAAAGGAGAACAUGGGCCCGAUGGCGGCGACGACACUUUAACAAUGGAUUCCAUCCAUCGGGCGGAUGGCGAGGAGAAAAUGUCGCCGGUGAUUGGAGAAACGACAGUGAGUGGAACAUCGGUGGUGACGUUGAUUGACGCCAAAAUCGUCAGCGUCGAUUACAAACCCGUGCAGCUGAUUCGUUCCAGCGCUCAACUCCGUCACGCUGGUGAUGGUGGAACGGCGGAUACUCUGGACGAGUUCCAGCCGGCAGCGGCCCCGGACGCUGAAAAUAGACAAUUAGCGGGCGAAAAUCCAGCAGAGACGGACAGCAGGCGGACGAUGGGACAAGUGUCGAAUGAAGAAAGUGAUCCGGCAUUAGCUGCUGUCCGUUUUACGGCGGAAGAUUCCGGUUUAGUGGAAGCGGCGAUGACUAAAUUAUCAUCGGCGGGGGUCAAUCAACCGGAAUUGAUGAUUCCGGUUGACCAGGGCGUCUGCAGUUCCACGGCGAAGAAACACGGACGUGUCGUUGAUGAAAUGCGGAGGCUUUGGGAAACGCGUUGCGCUGGUGAUUCGUCGACAGUUCCGGCCAUUCCGUCUGAUCCGGAUAACGAACAAGACAAGGAUACAUCCUUCGAGUAUGGAUCGGAUCAAGCGACUCCGGUUCCGGAAGAAGAGCCGUCGGCCGCUAUCGUCGAGUCGCCGGCGGUGGUGAACGAUCCGGUGCGGAUGAAAUCUAUCCAAGAAUUCCGGAUGCUUUGGUCCGGAUGGCCUCCACCUCCACCACUCCCUCCACCUCCCGAGCAUUACGGCGCAUCCGAAACGGAAACAGGUUACUCCACUGACGGAUCGGAGCCGUUCCGGCAACGGCGGAGGAGAGCAGCCCAAGCUCUGAUGAGCUCCGUCCCGACGCCUCCGCCGAGACCCACGCCACCUAGGGACGAAAACUUGUAUCGACUACGAUCCGAUCACUCCGGAUGGCACGACCGCCCGCCGGAACCUCCGCUGAGGUACCAGCCGUAUCUCGGACAACGCUACCAACCGCUGUGCUAUUAUUCCGCGCCGGAAGCGGACGAAGAAGAAGACGACGAACGGGUGAAGGCUCGCUUGCUGGCCGACUGGCUGGUGCUGGCCAACCGAAAGCGGAGUCACUCGCCAUCCAGCGGCACCUACCGAUCGAUCCAGCGCUCCAAUUACAGCACGCUGACGUCGACGACGACGACGACCCGCGACACAUCCGCCAGGGAAUCGGAAUCGGAGGCCUCGGACUACAACGAUCGGACCGACUGCGCCACCGCCAUCCGGCGCUACCGGCGACGCCAGCGAGAUGACGAGUAUCUGUCCCAUGGAUCUUCGUCAUCGCUUUUGUCGACGCCCUAUCUAGCCAGUAGUCCUAAACCAGGUGUUUGGUCGCCGGGUCAGCAACAACCGUCGAGUCCUCCGGAGAGGGACAGCAACAACCACCAGCAGCAGCACCACCGUCAGUCACAGCCGGUAGUAGUCUCUUCCGGCAGCAGCAACGGCAGCAGCCAGCAGCAGCCGCCACCGCCAAUUUGGAUUCCGUCCAGCCAACAGCCUAGCCCGAAAUCAGAGCGGAAAGAGUUCCGGCCAGUCCGGCUUGAAGCAUUGAAGAAACAGGCGUCCGCCCAACAGCAGCAGCAGCAGCCGCAGCAGCAACAACAGCCCCAGCAGCGCGAGGGAGGCCAGAAACCACCUGGGGGUGUUGGCAACAACGGUACCAAACCGGCGGCUCCGACCAGUUUGCCACCUUUUGCUACAACCACAUCCACCGCAGCAUCUCAUCCAUCCACCAACGCCCCAACCACCUACUCCUCUUACUUGUACCCGUCCAGCUGGGACAAUCAGCGCCAGCAAAAUGCCCCACCGUACGGCAACAACAGUGCAAACAGCACACCCAUAAACACACCGGCCAGCGAGCACUCGGUUUUGACCAGCACUUCGACCAAUUUUUCCGCUUUGUCUUGGGACCGGAGAACAAACGGCGGGUCCACUUAUAGUGGCGGUUCGGGAUCGACAACACCUACGCCUUCGUUACAGCCUUUGCUUCCGCCGGCCACAUCUUUGACGCCAACCAGUCACCUGCCCAAGGUGCCCAACACCACCGUCACUCUCCUACAGAAAGCCAGAGAGGGACAAUUGCCGAAAGGUGCCGCUUACCUGGACAGCCCCAAACAAGGCGAACGUUCCGGAAAUCGCCUAGGUCAACCACCUCCGCCCCAACAGCAACUGUACCGUAGCCCAUACGAGCAAGUGUACAGCAUCCAGCGCGAGUAUAACGUGCCCUCGACGACUUCUUCAUCUGGCCCAGGCGUUUCACAAGCCAACGGCGACGAAAAUAGCCAACAGCCAGCGGCGGCAUCUUCUUCUUCUUCUUCUUCUCAGCCGCAAGAAACGCGCAAGUUUGUCGAUUUGACGGCCAACAAAUUUAGCGGCGUCGGACCCGUUUCCAACGAAGGCGUUCCCAUCGCUUUGCGCUCGGGCAUAAGAGAAGAGGAUCAUCAUCACUGGUACCGGCGUAUGUACGAGUCCUUACACAGGGCAGGAGGUCCAGGAGAUUACGUCACUGUGCGCUACAAACCUGGUCGUGGACGAGGUGGAGGCUACCAAUCGGAGCCGGAUCAGAACCGAUACGAUUACGAUUCGGAUGCCGGUCGUUACGCAACUUUGGAUCGCAGACGUCAACGCAUCCACAACGAUUCCGAAUCUAACGGCGGAUCACCUUCGCGAAUAACGAAUCAAGAAUCUGAAUCCUAUCGUUAUCAACCCGGUCGGAUUGAAGAUUACGAGCCGGGAAUCCGUUCCUCUAUCACUCAGCCUCAGCCAGUCAAACAGUCACCCAAGAUCAGCAUCCCCAGCAAAUCGUUUACGAAUUUUGCUUUGAAAGAAUCCGGUUACGAGAGUGACUCUCAACUAGUCUUUCGACGGCGUUAUCCGGCCGAUUCGGCCGAAGGGGGUACUGGACCAACAACUCCGGCAACCGAUCCGCAAGAGCAGCGUCUUUGGUACCGCGACAUCCAGCGUGGAGGCGAGGUGCCAUUGCACGGACUCCGCAAACAACAGCCCGAUCGACCACAAGACGAGUCGACCGAUCCGUUCGAUCGUCGAAUAGGCAGAAGCGAGAAACAGCGCAAAAGAGAUCCUUGGCGCUACAUCCGGUUCAGAUCCAAGUCUCCGACUCCGCCGUCGACGCAGAGACGACGCUACCGAUUCCUCUCCGUUCCGGCCGUUUUGAGCCGAUUGCAAAGCUGCAAAAUGUUCCGCAGCGGAAGCAGCAAACGACAGUCGAGCGCCACCAGCAGCCCGAACGCGUCGGAAGAACGCCACCAAAAGAGCACCGGAACGUCGACCGCCAAAACGACAGUUUCCAUCGGGACUUCGACUUCUUCCAAGGGCAAAACUUGGCGCCGGAUUAAAUCCGGAAACGGAACGAGUGGUGCCACCAAGAAAUCUCCGAAACCAACAGCGCCCAGCCCCGUUGACGGAGGAUUUGUUCAGCGGGAAGAAACGGCAACGCCGUUGACGGACGACAUUACCGCAGUUCCUCAGCCCGUCCAACCGAUUGAACCGGAAUCCCAAGAGCUGGAACCUUUGCCGCCUCCUCCUGUAGAGGAUAUGCACGUCGAGCAGCCGCCACUUCCGCCUCCACCGCCUAUCAAAGCGGCGAUGGAAUCGCCGGAGUUAAAGCAGCGGUCAACACAACAACGCGUUCCGUCCCGUCCGGCGCUUCCGUCUUUUCCGGCCUUUCCGACCUUGUCUCCACUUCAAUCCCGUCCGGCUAAGAAGAAAUCGUCUGGCAGUAAAUCGGAGCCGGCCCUGAACGUCUACCUCCAUACGCGUCAAAUGGUUUCGCAAUCGAAAUUCCGGCGGAUGCAGGACGAGCCAGUCGCUCAAGAAGAGACGCCCAAAAUGACCAGAUACCAGAAACUGGCCCGCGACACCAAAAAUCUGGUGGCUAGAAUUUCUGGAGAGAUUCCGAGCACAGAAAAAAUCCGCCAAGCGCUAAAACUUCCAGCCGGAAGCAACGGCAAUGGAAAUGGCUCCAACGGCAACGGAUCUAACGGCAAGAAUAACUCCGACGUGGACGUCACUGAUCCUGAAUUCAUUUGCGAUGAGCAGACAGCGGCUAUUCUUUUAGCCGAGCUGGAAGGCAAACCGGAAUCGGAAUCUCAGAAAGCGGAUGGUGCAGCAAGCCAGAAGGCUGAAUCACCGGUCCAGCAGCCGCCAAAACAACAACAACAGCAGCCAGAAUCAAAACAAGAGCAGAUGCAAGAACAACAACAACAACAACCGCAGCAACUUUCGGAACAUUAUCAUUUUGUUGUCCCGCUUGAAAAUAGAACUGAAGACGGGCAAGGAGAUUUUUAUUCCUCCCGCUCCACCGCCGGCAGUCCGGAAUACAUCAAGACUCAACGUUUCACCCAGCUGCGCUCCCUUUAUCGCAGCCUGGAACGGCUCAACGAGCUGGAAAAAUUGGUGCCGACUGACGAGCUGAACCAGGUGGCCAGCACCGAUGGCAUCAUCGACUUUGAUUUGUGGCGCCGGUUGAGGCAGCGAGAAAAGGCCCAGGAAGAGAUGAGGAAUUUGGCCACCUGGAUCCAGGCGGCACAAAGAGAAGGCGAGUGCUACUUUGGCACAUCGCCGCCACCCAAGUGGCAACGUGGGGCCGAUCCAGGACUCCGCAUCAAAGAACAAUCCGUCCGUCACUUGACGGACAAAUACAAGACAUUGGCGGAAGCCAAACGUUACUCGACCCAAUCACUUCCAAGGAACUUUGCCCAGUGUCCGGAUGGCAGUCGAGCGGAAUCUCCGGUAUCGACUGGACGAGUCAGUCGAUCCAGCCAGAGGCGCAGCAGUUUGACGGGAAAGCAGAUGGCCGUUUUGAAAUCGCAAUUAUCCCGCGUCUAUACUCCGCCGAGCCGUUACGAGACGGUCGUCUCUCCGCAAAGACCGCCCCGGAAACUUCCGGAAUCGUUGCUGAACCCCAAACUCUACGUUCGAAGUGUGUCCGAAUCCAGUCGUGAUUGCACGCUCGCCAGACUGGAACAGCGACGCAAUCGGCUAAUGGAAUCGCAGAAGGCGUUGUCCAUCGCCGGAAGUGGACGUGCCGUCCAUCGCUCUCAGUCGGCAUCCGCACCCAAGCAGCCAAAUAUCAGCGAAGCGGAACGCCGUAGUUUAUCUAUGCGGCUCGGUGCGGAAGUCAAACAGCGUUACAUCGCCGGCCAGCCGCCCGCCACUCCGCAUCAACAGCCGCGAUCCACCAGAGCGGCGAUCCAGUACGUUCAACAGUUGAGCCAGCACAUGUCGAGAAAAUUGGCCAGCUCACCGCGGAUGAUGUCGCCCAGUUCGCCGGGUCCUUAUCGAACUCAUCAAUCACGUAGCUCGUCGCGCGGAAGCUCGGCCAGCAGCCAACAAGAUUAUUUGCUGGUGCUGACACCUCGCGGGCGGAAUAAAGCCGACGUGGAAUCAGCUGUUCAAGAAUGGGCCGACUCGGCCGUCGUUGGCAAAACUCCUUCGCCGACUCCGGCUGUUCCGCAGCGCUCAAGCAGUUUGAAUAUCCGCGCCAACUUGGAAGAAGAUUCUCACAGUUCAAACUCGUCCGUCCAGACGGUCAUCCAUCGCGACGUCCAGAAGAAAGUGGAUUUCUUUGAGAAGGUCAUUGCUGACUCGGUUGGCGAUCCUUGCGACUUGGCCGUCGUUCCCUUUCGGACUACUCAGAGCGUCAAUGACCUGCGCCGAUCCGCAUCAACAUUGGUGGGCCGUCGCCGGACCCGCUGCGCCGUAGUUCCGCAGAGGUCGCAAAGUCUUUCACUCCAACGGCCCGGAUCAUCCGCUUCUGCUUACGGAUCCAUGACCGAUCUCCGUCUUCAUCAGCUGAUGGAUCGAGUCAAAAGCUCGUCGCCGAGUCCUUCCGGCCGUAGAUCAUCUCCCGGAAGCGUGUCCGGAGGCGGAAGCCAUUACAUCAAUUUGGUCAAGAAAGGCGACGUGGUGAAGAAAUGCCAAUAUUUCAGUUCGCCAAGAGUUGACCAACCAUCACAGCAGCAGCAACAACAACCGCAACAACAGAAGCCAGUUCAGAGGCAGUCGAGGCCGGCAACUCCGCAACUAUCCAGCCGUUCCGUUCCUGAUUCGCUUCCGCUUUGGAGCGCGACGGAAAAAUUCAAUCGCAACAAAACGGUCAUCAAAGGGCAAGAGAUGGGCGACGUUAGUUUCAUCAAGCGCCGCUACGAGCAGGAGCAGCCGAGGAAUCGCUUCCGGAGUCAGUUCGGUUCGGCUUCGACUCCGUCACUGCAGGAUGGCGGAGCGAGCGGAAGUUUCAGCUGGAGUCGUCGUUUGGCGGCCGCCGCUAACAAACGGGUCUCGUUUCCCAAUUUCUCGUCGCUAAGUAGAGCCGGAAGCCGAAAUGGAAGUGACGCCGGAAGUCGGUCAGGGGGUAAGAAAAUGGAUUUCACUCGUGUCAAACCUACUUUACUCUCCUCUGCACGGCUGGCCCUCCGUCAAGCACAAACGGCCGCCGAUCCGACGGCUCAUCAACACACUAUCGGCGGAAGAAUCAGCCGACCUAUCACCCGCAACUCUUCUGCCGCUGGUGGAUCCUACAAUGACAUUCCCUCUACCCUUUCUUCCGUUCUUCCACCCAGCAACACCCAGACGACCACUACUGCCACCCAUUCAACAACCAAAACUACUGUGGCUAGUCCUGAUAUGAGUUUUAAAUCCACUUCAGAAGGAUCCAUCCGAAGCCGUCGAUCCAUGUCCAGCCCGCUUCCGGCAAUUCCGGUAUCCACUUCAGCUGCUGCGUCUAAUGUGACUCCAAAUCCACCUGGAAAUACGCAGUCCGAAACAGCCCAUUCCAAAGCGGUUCCUAAAGAAUCCAUCAGUGCCAAAAUGACGGCAGCCAGUAAACCGGCAGCAACUCAAUCCAGCUCUCCAGUAGGACAUGUCACUCCAGAGGCAGACUACCAACCAGUGGCCUCUUCUACCUCUCAUUCCGGCAAUUUCGAUCCAUCCAUGCAUCAGCCAAUUUAUCGCUACACUCCGCCACCUCCGCGUUCAGGGGGUCGAUCCAACCGAAUCCAUUCCGUUUACGAUUUAUACGCCACGUAUCCUCGCCAGAGAGCCGGAAUGCAGUCUCCAUCUCGCCCACCCCUUCCAGCAGAGUGGGCUCACCUAACCAGCCCCCGCAAGCCACGAGCAACCAAUCAAGCAGGCGCAGCGCACAGGUUCGCCGAGUCGGAGGUGACCAUUCAUUACCGCAGUCCUAUCCGCAACCUGCAGCAAAGCGGUCAACAGCAGACGGAAAUCGACGAGGAGGAAUUGAGGCAGAUGCAGGCGGAGCACAUGAGACGCGUUUACGAACAGGAGCGUAGACGGAAAUACAUCCAAGAACUGGAAGAUAUCGAGUCUCGACGUCACAUGGAUAACUUUACGCCGCUAAUGAAAUCCCCGAUCCCGUUGAACCGUUAUGAUGACUUUAUGGAUGAUCAACCGGUGCCGAUGGGCCGUUCUGGCAGCCAAAACCAGCCACAACGAGACCGAACUCCCGAGCCUAAAAUAGUAGCUCGCGGCCUCUACAACUUCGUGGCUCAAAACGCCCGGGAAUUGUCGUUUCAAAAAGGAGAUAUUAUCUUCAUCCGGCGACAGAUUGAUAAGAAUUGGUACGAGGGAGAACACAAUGCCAUGGUAGGCAUCUUCCCUGUCAAUUACGUCGAGAUCGUACCUUACGAUGGCGUACGAUUGACAAACCGUAAACCCAGCGAAGGCAAAGGCAGGGUCAAAUUCAAUUUUGUGGCCCAGACGCCGAUUGAAUUGUCUCUGGUUAAAGGGGAAUUGGUAAUCAUCACGAGACAAGUGGACGAGCACUGGCUAGAGGGUCGCAUCGGUCAACGCCGUGGCAUAUUCCCCAUUUCAUACGUCGACAUUAUCCAGCCUUGUUCUUCAUCUCCUUCCAACCAAAAUGUCAAGACCCCGACAACGAGCGGUACCGCUCUAAUUACUAACGGAUCUCUCCGUUCAACUCAUAAUUACCAACAAUUACGCACUCAGCAGCCGCAGCACUUUUCCAUGCAACAGAAAAUGAGCCCGGCGAAUGCGACAUCUCAGCAUCAGUACCGAACAGCUCCAGCACAGUAUAAUAAACCCAGCAGUUUGAUGGUCGACACUCGCUCCGAUCCCGUCCUAUACCGAGCGCUUUACACGUAUGCACCGCAGAAUGAUGACGAGCUUGAACUGCAAGAAAGCGACAUGAUCUGCGUGCUGGAAAAGUGCGACGACGGUUGGUACGUGGGCACCAGCCAGCGUACCGGCCUCUUCGGUACCUUCCCGGGCAACUAUGUCGAACGCGUUUGAUGAGAGUUUUCAAACCCGUCGCUUGACAUAAUUGAAUGAAUCGAUGCGUUGAAAGACAAACAAACAAAACACAUACACCACCUAUCUGCAACACAUUUCGAUUCUCUAAAUAUUGUUACGGUUAUUACUAUUGUUCUGUUCAUCACCUAUAUAUUUCUUAUUCUCUCAUUUAUCAUUUGAUACAGCAACAGCGCCAAAGAGUCUCUCAUUUGAAUCAGAACGUGAAUCGCAUCAUUUAGUUGGUCAUAUUAUAAUAUUCUGCUAUACAAGUUUCUUGAGCUUUUAUUCAAUCAUUCAAAAAUCAUGACAUUUGUGUUAGAAAAGAUUCUUUUUGGUGGUUUUAUUGUCUGAAAGAUUUAACCUAUCCAUCGUCUUCCUAUUUGAAGCUGUCACACCGUGAAUUUUCUUGUCAAAAGAGUCAUCCGGAAGAACAAGGUUUUUGGCAUUGAAAUGAAUGAGCUGAUUGAUGUUUGAUUACGAGGAGAGUUCUGUAUUUUAUGUGGAUCAUCAGUUUCCUCAUUGAUGUAUACAGUUGUACACGAUUAACUUGGAAAAUAAUCAGAGAAUGCCAACGUUAGAGAGUGCCUUGGAUGGUGGAGACCAUGUACACAACAAACAUACUACUCACACCCGUUACAGCCAAUAGCGUUCCGAUAUGUUGUGUGUCACCCAUGGAAGUGAAACAUUUUGUUCGCGUUAUAAUGCAUCACUCGUAUUAAUCGCACUAAUCACAUACAUUAAUUUUGUUUAUUAUUCAAUAUUUUUAUCGUCAGUAAUGAUAGCCUAUCCCAUUGAAAUUCUUUUUCUCCUUUUCUGCUGCUCGAAAAAUCAUUUUUUCCCUUCUAAUCUAUAUCUAGAAUGGUUUCUCUACAAUUUAAUUACACGACUGAUUGUUA